AUGGCCAGGAGAGCAGCCCUCACUCCCAGCAGUCGUGCAGUCCUGGGCCCUCAAGAAUUUGGCCCCAUCUUCUUCCUGAAGGGGCUUCUCAACUUUCCCAAGCCAGGCAGUGGGAAUGGUGACAAGGCUGACGAUGGCCAUGGGGCCCUAUGGGGGGCCGGCUGGCGCAGGCUGGUGGCUCCACAAUCCAUCUGGCCCCUGCUGCCCCUGACCAAUUCGUGCGUGGGCUCAAUUUCCCUCCAGGCCAGGGCAGAGCUCCUCUCUACCUCAAACCUGUCCCAGACCCCUGGCCCAAGGAAGUUGUCCCAGGUCUGUAGGUACUUCCAGAGAGGCUUCUGCUCCCGUGGAGAUCAGUGCAGCUUUCAGCACCCACAGCCUCCUGGCGCCCUGGAGUGGGGCCGCCGCCAUUCAGAGCCACACCUCGCCCUGCCAGGGCCCCAGCUGGGGCUGACCCGCAGGGGCUCUGAGCCCACCUACCUGCCCUCCUUGGGUGUGGACUGGGGCUGGGCCAGGGCCUGGUGGGGCCCGAAACCUAGCCUGGAGGAUCCGGCCAGCAAGGUGGAGGAGGUUGGUGGCAGUUCCUGGAAGCUCCUGUCUCCAACAUCUGCUGACAGAGAUCACAGCUACUCUCAGGAGUCUCAGCCCAAGUCAGACGUUGCCCAGGAGCUCGUGGCCCUACUUCAGAGCCUGGAUCUUGAGGAGCAGCAGCGGGAGCAGGACAGUCGGGACGUAGUGUGUGGCAUCUGCAUGGACAAGGUGUGGGAAAAGCCAGAGGCUGAGCGAGUCUUUGGCAUCCUCCCCAACUGCCCCCACGCCCACUGCCUGGGCUGUCUGCGCACCUGGCGGAAGAAACGACAGGACUUCUCCAAGGACAUCAUCAAGGCCUGUCCCCAGUGCCGCAUCCAUUCCAGCUACAUCAUCCCCCACAAAUUCUGGGUGAGCAAGGGGGCUGAGAAGGAGCAACUCAUCAAGAACUUCAAAGCACGGACCAGCCAGAUCCGAUGCCGGUUCUUUGUGCGAGGGAAUGGCUACUGCCCCUUCAAGUCUGACUGCAUCUACUUGCACCAGCUCCCUGCUAAGGCCCCAAUCUCUGGUCCUGCCUGGCCCGAGAGUACUGAGUCCAGCAAGGUUCCUAGGGGGCUCCGAGCUGGAGGACGAUGUGGUCUUCACAGACUGUGCCCUGGCCAUGGCCUUCUGGGGCUCAGAGCUCCUACUGGAUCCCAGCCAUUCUUACCACAGCCUCCUAUAACCAGGCUCACCUUGCAAGGGAUGGGGAGAUGGGGGUGAGCAGCAGUGUUGCUAGGUGGUAGGUCUUUCCCUUGGCAGGUACAUGGGGAGGGGGGCAGCAAAAGAAAGUGAGCCCUUCACCCCAUGAACUGUAGCAGUGACACAGCUGGGGAAUGUGGGUGGGGUGGUGGGUUCCCAGGAACAAGGAAGUGUUCUCACCCUCUUUCCAGGGUUUUGGCUUUUAACUUUGCUCUUUUGUAGAAGGAUUCUGAAAGGAAACCAAUAAAAUGCACCUAAGCCAUCACUACUUGUGUCUGAAGAGUGGUCUGCUCAUAGUCGGGCCAGUGCCCUGAGACAAGGGAAAUAAGGCUGCUUCUGCAUUCAGCCUGUUGCAAUAGCACAUGUCAUGUAGUUUCUGGAAAUCUCUGUAGGCUCAUAAGAGAAUGAGAGUGGACAGGGCAAAUAAUAUCUUAGUGUCUCCAGGAUCCCCCAGGAUCUUUGAACCAUACUUUGAGAACCUUUACCUUAGAACUCUCCUCUCUGCUCCCUUUCCU